CGUCGGACUCACUAAAAGACGCAACACGGUCUAACAACCCGCCUCAUUGCUUUGCCGCCUCCCUACCGAAGCAAGGGCGGUGCCAAAGGGGGGGGAGGAGACCCUCCCAACAAGGAACUUGCCCCCUACCUAGUAUAUUUUGCCCACCUAGAAAUAUACUUUGCCCCGUCUGUGCCCCCCCCGAUUUUUUUUUUCUGGUGUAUUCGCCGUAAAACAUUCCAGGCACCUUACAUCGUGAAUAAAACAACGGGCAGCAAACUAUUAGAAGCGAUACCGGAGAGGAACCUGUGGCGGAGAGCGGAACAGAAGCAAAGGCAGGCUUUAGCUCUGACAGAUAUCCUUGAGUGUGCCCUUCCCCUUUUCCGCAACGCCAUGCGCCGCGAGCCCUGUCCCUUUGAUUCCCCCCUCCCCUCCGAAGAGAGGAAGCAGGAGGAGGCGUGGCUUGAGGAAGUGACUUCAACCGGCGGCAGCGGCUGCUGCUUCAAGUGGAAAGCAGAAGAGCAAAGGCUGGCGCGGGUUUCUGUCUCGGAGUAUCGUCAUAAAAGGAUCAUAAGGAGCUUGGCAGAUACUAGCUGCUACUGCUACGCCAGAUAUGGCAGCCACGGCCGCUUCCAGCGCGAGGGUCUUUUUAUUGGGCACGGGAAAGAACGGGGCAGGGAGGGUGGCUGCUGCCUUCACCACCUCGUCUCCUGCUGCCGCCGCCGCCGGGCUUUGCUGCUGCUACUGUAGCGGCGGCAGCUUAAAGGCAAAUCCCUAUUGCACGCUGGCCCCACAGCAGCAGCAACAGCGGCCCUCCGCUCCGCCUCCGGAUAUGAAGAACUACCUGUGGAAGCGGUAUAACGAGGCCAAGAAAGUGACGAAAGACUUGGUCCCUUCAAUCAUGAGUAACUUACUGAAUCCAGAUGCCAUCUUUUCCAACAAUGAAAUGAGUCUCUCAGACAUAGAAAUAUAUGGCUUUGAUUAUGACUACACGCUAGUCUUCUAUUCCAAGCAUUUACACACAUUGAUCUUUAAUGCUGCUCGGGAUCUUUUGAUCAAUGAACAUCGGUAUCCUGCAGAAAUCCGGAAGUAUGACUAUGAUCCAAAUUUUGCAAUAAGAGGGCUUCAUUAUGAUGUACAUCGGGCAUUAUUGAUGAAGAUUGAUGCUUUUCAUUAUAUUCAGUUGGGAACAGUGUACAGAGGACUGAGUGUCGUCCCGGAUGAAGAAGUCAUUGCCAUGUAUGAUGGGUCCCAUGUCCCCUUGGAACAAAUGAGCGACUUCUAUGGAAAGAGUUCACAAGGUAACACCAUGAAGCAGUUCAUGGAUAUCUUCUCCUUGCCUGAGAUGACGCUCCUGUCUUGUGUGAAUGAGUAUUUUCUGAAAAACAACAUAGACUAUGAGCCAGUUCAUCUCUACAAAGAUGUGAAGGACUCAAUCAGAGAUGUCCACAUCAAAGGAAUAAUGUACAGUGCAAUUGAAGCAGAUAUUGAGAAAUAUGUUUGUUAUGCUGAGCAGACGCGAGCUGUGUUAGCUAAGCUGGCAGAUCACGGCAAGAAGAUGUUCCUCAUCACAAACAGUCCUAGCAGUUUUGUGGACAGAGGCAUGAAGUUCAUUGUUGGGAAAGACUGGAGGGAUCUCUUUGAUGCAGUCAUUGUCCAGGCUGACAAGCCAAACUUUUUCAAUGAUAAGAGAAGACCUUUCCGUAGGGUGAAUGAAAGAGGUGUUCUGCUUUGGGACAAAAUUCAUCAACUGCAAAAAGGCCAGAUUUACAAACAGGGGAACUUAUAUGAGUUUCUAAAGCUGACUGGCUGGAGAGGUUCCAAAGUCUUGUAUUUUGGUGAUCACAUUUACAGUGAUCUCGCAGAUUUGACUUUAAAGCAUGGCUGGAGAACAGGUGCAAUUAUUCCAGAGUUACGGACAGAAAUUAAGAUAAUGAACACAGAGCAGUAUAUUCAGACCAUGACCUGGCUACAGACUCUCACUGGAUUAUUGGAACACAUGCAGGUUCACAGGGAUCCUGACUCUCAACUGAUCUUACAUGAGUGGAAAAAGGAAAGAAAGGAGAUGAGAGAAUUGACCAGGAACUUCUUUAACUCUCAGUUUGGAAGCUUAUUCAGGACUGACCAGAACCCAACCUAUUUCUUAAGACGCUUGUCUCGCUUUGCCGAUAUUUACAUGGCAUCACUGAGUUGCCUUUUGAACUAUGAUCAAGAUCACACAUUUUACCCAAGGAGGACUCCUUUGCAGCAUGAACUCCCGACAUGGUCAGACCAGCUGUGCACUGGAAACAAUUUUGUCUCCGAAAUGCUGGUCAGGUUCAAUCCCUGCCACCUGCAGAUACAGGGCUGAGUAAAGGCCCCUGCCUGGGAGCUGGGAGUGCCACUGCCAGUCAGUGUCAACAAUACUGAGCCAGAUGGACCAACUGUCUGACUUGGUAUAAGGCAGCCUCCUAUGUUCCUAUGAAAUGCUGACCAUGUUGCCUGAUGUUGACCUUUGUAUGCUAAGGUGUUUGAGCUUCACUUUCAGUGGUGCUGGGGUGUUUGUCUGGCUAUAAAUAUACUUCAUAUGCAUGACUUCCACUGACUACCUGAAUGCUCUGUGCUAGAGUGAAUAAAAACACUGUUGAGGCAUUGGCCAAGCUUUUAUCAAAAUAGUUACCUCUGUUUUGUUGCUUUUCUAAAGAAUCAACAAAAAUAUUAGGCAGAGCAAUCCAACUGCCAGGGAGCCAGCAGAAGGGGGCUGGCAGAGAAGGAGCAGGCGGAAGGCUCCAUGGGAUCCUCUUCCUGUUCAGGAGCUGCUGGCCUGGCUAAACGUGGGCUCCAUUGGGAGCAGUGUGUGUAAGCCAGCCGGGAGGCACUGCCUCUGGCAAACAGGCCUGCUGGGGAGUAAGCACUCCCCAUAGGCUUGAAUGGAUUUUCUUUUUUUAAAAAAAAAAUUCCACUAGUCUUUGGGCUGGUGGAGUUUGCAGGGAGAUCAGGACCUCACAUAAGUCCCCCCCACACCUCCGGAAUGGUCUGUUUUUGGGGCUUCUGCCAGGCUGGCUGCCCUUGGCAGACCCCCAACAGUGCUAGCAGGCUCCUCACUGAGCCACAUCGCUGCUGUGGUGGAGGGCUGCUGCUAGCAGAGCCUGGCGCCUGCCAGCACUCCAAAGCAUCCAACUCAUCCCAGUCCAGUGGAAAGAUGAAUUGUGUUAUGCCCAAAAUGGAAAAUCCAGGGGACAGGACUAAUUGUUAAAGGACAAAAUAAGACUUGACAUUACUUGAAAUGUAUCUAUUAUGCUACAUAGCUCUAGGAUUCCAAAGCCCUUUUAAAAAGACAGUAUUUGUACAAUAUGUUAAAGAAUGAAAUUAGUAUGUAUUCUAGAAAAGUAUGCAUAAUGUAAAAUAUUUAAGGGUUUACCAGAACUCUGGAAUUGGUAUACACUAUCCAGUGUGGUGAAUCUAGUUACACGUCUACUUCCUCUGAACAGACUGUUUGUGUAGAAAACCGCUAUGUAGACAGGUUCUAUUGCAGAAUAAAAACUUUAUUUUUUUGUA